AUGAACCGUCCAUCGAAUUUCAUGCCUACUCCUGAACAGGAUGUUCUGGAUGUCAAGCCCUUGAGGACAUUGGCUCCAAUGUUCCCUGCACCCUUGGGUGUCAAUACAUUUAACCAGUCAACCACACCACCAUUGAUAUUCGUCACUCCUGCUGGACAAUUUCAAGGGGGUUUUGGUGCUUGGAACAAUUCUGCUGCCAAAUCAUUUUCCGCUUUCGGCAGCGAGGAUGCUAGUGGAGGCAAGGCUCACAAAUUUGGUGAUCAGAAUACUGGUAGUGGCAAGGCUGCCACUUUUGGUGAUCAGGAUGCUUUUGGUAGCCAGAAUGUCGCCACUGGUGUGCAGGAUGCUGCUGGAGGCCAGACUGCAACAGACUGGACAUCAGAUGUUAGUGCCAAUCCUAAUGGCCCAAUUGACGCCACCCCCAUUUCAUCUUACAGGUCAACACAGCCUAUUGUUAUAUCACUGGAUGAUGAUGAUGAUGAUAAUGACGACGAUGAUGAGCCUUAUGCUGCUAACAAGACAUCAGCAUCUGGACGCAAGAUCAAGAGGCCAUCCCGUCUUAGCGGAUACAAUGUGAGCGAUGGUUUGGUAAGUGACAGCUCCAACAGCACGAAGGUUAAGCGCCCCAAAUCCUCUCACAAGAAAGCUGCUGCUGACAAUGACCAUGCGUUGCUUCCUCCAUCUGAUGAUCCAAGGGAAACUGUGGAGGCAGUUCUCAUGACCUUUGAGGCAUUGCGGCGUAGGCAUCUCCAAUUGGAUGAGGCACAAGAGACCAACAAACGUGCAGAUCUGAAGGCUAGUGCCAUCAUGAUGGCCAGUAAUAUCAGGGCCAACUCUGGGAAGAGGAUAGGGGUUGUUCCUGGAGUUGAAAUAGGGGACAUUUUCUACUUCAGGAUGGAGCUAUGUAUUAUCGGGCUGCAUGCUCCUAGCAUGGCCGGAAUUGACUAUAUGACUGCCAAGUUUGGUGAUGAGGAUGAUUCUGUUGCAAUAUGUAUUGUUGCUGCUGGUGGUUAUGACAACAAUGAUGAUGAUACAGAUGUUCUGGUUUACAGCGGUUCAGGAGGUAAUAGCAAGAACAGUGAGGAGAGGCAUGACCAGAAGCUUGAGAGGGGUAACCUGGCUCUUGAAAGGAGCUUGUCCAGAAAAAAUGUAAUCCGUGUGGUUCGGGGCUAUAAGGAUCCAGGUUGCUUGACUGGCAAGGUUUAUAUUUAUGAUGGCCUCUAUAGGAUUCACGAGUCAUGGAAGGAGAAAACGAAGAGUGGAAUAUUUUGUUUCAAGUACAAGCUGCUGCGAGAACCAGGACAACCUGAUGGGGUUUCAAUCUGGAAGAUGUCCCAGAAAUGGGUAGAGAAUCCAAUAACUAGAGGCAGUGUUUUACAUCCUGAUCUAUCAUCUGGUGCAGAAAAUCUCCCAGUGUUUCUUGUUAAUGACAUUGACAGUGAUAAAGGGCCACACCAUUUCACCUAUACCACUCAGAUCGAACACUUGAAUCCACUCAGUUCUGUGAAACUUUCAGAGGGUUGCAGAUGCCUUAGUGUUUGUCUGCCUGGUGAUGCCAACUGCUGUUGUGCACAGCGUAAUGGAGGCAGCUUACCUUACAGUUCAUUGGGAUUGCUUGUAUGCCGCAAGACUAUGGUUUAUGAAUGCGGUGAAUCCUGUCGGUGUUCUUUCAAUUGCCGUAACAGAGUGACCCAGAAAGGAGUUAGGAUCCACUUUGAGGUCUUUAAAACUGGUAAUCGAGGCUGGGGUCUUCGUUCAUGGGACGCUAUACGGACUGGUUCAUUUAUAUGCGAGUAUGUUGGUGAGGUUAUUGAUGAUGCUAAAAUUAAUUUGAAUGAUAUUGAAGAUGAUUAUAUAUUUCAGACGGUGUGCCCUGGUGAGAGGACAUUAAAAUGGAAUUACGGACCUGAAUUGAUUGGGGAGCAAAGCACAGAUAUUUCAGCUGAUACCUUUGAGACUCUACCCAUUAAGAUAAGUGCUAAAAGAAUGGGAAACAUCUCACGUUUCAUGAACCAUAGUUGUGCUCCUAACGUCUUUUGGCAGCCAGUUCAGUUUGACCAUGAAGAUGAUCAUCGGCCACAUAUCAUGUUCUUUGCUUUGAAGCAUAUUCCUCCGAUGACAGAGUUGACUUAUGACUAUGGUGACAUUGGAGCUGAUUCUAGUGGUGUACGGUCUCCUAGAGCAAAGAACUGCCUUUGUGGAUCCUCAAAUUGUCGGGGAUUCUUUAUCUGA